UCUGAGUAUAUAAUAUACUUUUGUGCAUUACAUUUAAUAAUGUUUAUAUCGUUUUAAGUUGUAAAAAAGUUUAAAGCAAAAUGGAAAAUGUCGUUGCCUUUAAUUCGGAGCUAUCUGGGCUCUAUGACUCCAAACCACCAAUUUCCAAAGCCAAAAUGGCCGCUAUUACAAAAUCUGCAAUGCGAGCCAUUAAAUUUUACAAGCAUGUUGUGCAAAGUGUUGAGAAAUUCAUAUUAAAAUGUCGACCGGAAUAUAAAGUGCCUGGUCUUUAUGUUAUCGACUCAAUUGUACGACAAUCUCGUCAUCAAUAUGGCCCUGAAAAGGAUGUGUUUGCUCCACGUUUUGCACGCAACAUCAAGGAAACCUUUGCGAAUUUAUUCCGUUGUGCGCCUGAGGAUAAAAGUCGUAUAAUACGUGUGCUCAAUUUAUGGCAGAAAAAUAAUGUUUUUGCACCGGAAGUUAUACAACCAAUAUUUGAUUUAGCAGAUCCAAAUCAUCCAAUUUAUCAAAUGCCACCAGCUGGAAGUGCUAUUGGUCCGGGUGGUAUUGGCGAUAUGUCGAGCACAUCGAAUGGUUUGAAUACAUCAACCAGUGGUUUAGAUAUUAGUAUGAGUGGUGUAAAUCAAUCUGAUGAUAAAAUUGGCGGUUUACCUGAUUUAUCGUCCAUGAGUCACGAAAAAGCGCAAAAUGUGCUUGAUAAUAGCACUUUGCGCCAGUUGGAACAUAUGCAACAAUAUUUAAAACGACAAACAGCAUCAACUUCGAAGUCGCGUGAAAUUGCCAGCUACGGUUGUUUAAUAGAUAGUGCUGGUGGAGGAGGAGGAGGAGGUGUAGGUGGUGGUGGUGGUGGUGGCGGCGGCGGCAAUACAUCAAAAAUACAUCAUAUUGAAUCUUACUCGAAAUAUGCAAAAGCACUACAUGAGGUGCCCUUCGACGAUGACGAUGAUAUUGAUGAUAGUUCACCGCAACAGCCAUCGAAUUUUCUUGACAACAACAAUAUUAAACAAUUAUUAAAUGAUCCAAACGUGUUACGUCAACUACAAACAUUACAGAAUUUCCAAAAAUUUAAACAACAAGAGGAUAAACAUAAGAAUGAUUUAAGAAUGCAGGAGGAGGCUUUUAUGCAAACUGUUUUAAAGACUUCAGCAACCAUGGGUAGCCAAGAUGGAACUGAUUUAAGAGAGGUUGAGUUUGUGUCAGAAGAACAAAGUAUAGAGGUUAUCAAUUUGGAUGGCAAUGAUUCACGCAGCACAACACCAGAUCGUGAUCGUUAUAAGAGACGUCGUAGUCGCACUCGUUCACGUUCGAUUGAUCGUCGUGGCGGUGGUGGUGGUGGCAGAGAUCGUAGACGACGUUCUUCACGUUCCAGAUCACGCACGCGUUCGCCACGUUCAAAUAGGCGACGUUCUUCUCGUGAUAGAGAUCGUAGUGAACGCAGCAAUCGUGAUAAGGAGAAAGAUCGUGAGCAUGAGCGCGAACGCCGCAAAAAGGGUUUACCAGAUAUUAAAAAGGAACACUUGAGUGUUUGCAGUACUACAUUGUGGGUUGGUCAUCUUUCUAAAUUGGUCUAUCCCGAAGAAUUAUCUGAUACUUUUGGGGCUUACGGAGAUAUUGUGACCAUUGAUCAAAUUGUACCAAGAGGUUGUGCAUUUAUAGUAAUGAAUAGACGUCAAGAUGCUUUUAAAGCUAUGCAAGCGCUUAAAAAUCAUAAAUUGCAGGGACGUGCAAUAACCAUAUCCUGGGCUGCCGGUAAAGGUGUUAAGAGCAAGGAUUGGAAGGAUUAUUGGGAUUUAGAUUUGGGUGUUUCAUACAUCCCUUGGAGUAAAUUAGAUGAAAAUAUUGAUUUUGAUAGUCUUGAGGAGGGUGGUAUGUUUGAUGAAGAUACCAUGCCUGGUUGGAUUAAAGACAAAAUAAAUCAUAUGAAAAGUCUUAAAGAGAAGUCAAAUGAGCCAGCAGCUAUACCUACUCCAGGUAGCUUAAUGUUUGGAAUCGACACUACGCAACCUCCACCAGGACCUCCACCAACAGCUGGUCCACCACCAAUAAUUCCAAUGGUUCCAGGUCAAUUUUCAAUGGCACCACCAAUUGGUGGACCUCCACGUAUGCUUGGUCCAAUGGGUAUGGCUAUGCCAGGCAUUCCAAUGCCACCUAAUUUAGUGCCAGGUAUGCCACCACCUCCGCAUGCAAUGAUGAUGGCUCCGAAUAUGAUUCCUCCUGGUUUUCCACCAAUUCCACCGCCAGUGGGUGCUGGAGCUCCGUUAGCAUCACAUAUGGGUCUUCCACCGACUCAAUUUCCACCACCACCCAAUGUUGCGCCUGCUUCUAUUGUACCUCCCCCUUCAGGAGUUAUUACUCAAAUACCAAGCGAUGAUCAUAUGGAUAUUGAAAUGGAUGAAGAUGAAAAUUCUUUGCCUCCUUCGACGUCGACACCGCAAAUUAACUUUAAUCAGCCGCCUCCGAUUAUUACACCAGGUUUAAACAAUGCCGCUGCUGGCAGCACGAGCGAUAUAGGAAGUGAACUAUUUAGUAGAGAUCGUACUCGAGGAAACAAUAAUGCCAGUUCCCGCUGGGGUGGACGUGGUAACAAUGAAGAAGAUGAUAUUAUUGAUGGACCGCAAAGAUGGCGUGAAAACGGUGGCCCCAGUGAUUCGCUUAACUAUAAUGAGAACAGAGGUGGUCCACGCUCAGGAGGUAUAGGAAUGAGUAUACCUUCCAUAGAUAUGAGCAACUUGCAGCAUAGAGCAGAGUUUUUAAAUGAAUUUGAUAAUCGGAAUGGAGGUCCACGCGGUGGUGGUCCUCGUGGUAAUAGUCACGGUGGUGAUUUUUAUCCUAAUAUGCAAAAUCGGUUUAACCAACCAACAAGUUUAAUGCAAAUGCGUAUACCUCCUCCAAACGCUUUUAAUCCGCGUAUCGGAGGUCCCGGCGGUCCGCCAAUAUUUAUGCGUGGUCAAGGUGGCGGUCCAGGUGGUCGACAACAAGGACCUGGUUUCUUUAAUCCACGCAAUCCAUUUGAUCGUGACAAUAAUCGAGGUCCACAUAGAGGGGGUCGUGGAGGUGGUGGCAGCUCUCGUGGUGGACGUGGUAAUGGUCUAGGAAUGCAAAAUUGGAGCGAUGAAGAAAUUGACGACAGUAAUGCUUUUAAACGACGCAAUCAAGUCAAUAACCGCUUUCGUGAUGGCCCUGACGAUCGUCACAAUCGUGAUCGUGGCAACAGGCGAGGUUUUGGUGACCGUGGUGGUCAUCGAGAUUGGCAUGAUAGAGAUUAUCGUGAUAUGGAUCGCGAUCGCAAUCGUGGCAACCGCCAAGGUGCACCUCAUCGACGAUUUUCACGUGACAAUUCUUAUUCGGAAGAUAAAGUCUCAUCUGCUGUAGAAAAUAAUCCCAUUGUUGAUACAGAAGACGAUUGGGAUCUUGAACUAAAAGAAUAUGACGCAUCAGAAUCAGAACCAGCUGUUGAACCUCAAAAUAUGCCUACGCCAACUGAAAAUACAAAUGAAACUACUGCCAAUAUCGCUAAUCGGAAUGACAACGUGCAAAUCAUAAGCAAUGAGAUAUUAACUACUGAUUUCUUUGUGAAACCAGAUGAAUCUGAUGAUAAGAAAAAGGAUACAUUACCUCUAAAUAGUACUCCACUAUACGAUGAGUUGCCAGCACCGGUUGCUGUCCAGAAGGAGAACAUGUCAUCAUUGAAAUUUGACACGACCCCGACGGCAGAACCAGUUAUUGAUCACGAAAAUAAUGUAACAAAUCCAGAACCUACUCCUACUACCAAUGAGGAAUUGCCUGUGGAAGAAUAAAUAUAUUAACAAAUAAAGCAGAACUUUUUCUGUAUGUAUAAUCAUUAACUACAAUUGAUUUUAAAAAUAAUCUAUUACCAUACAGAUAGACAUUAUAUGUCAAAGUACAUUUUAAAUGUCACAAGAAAUUAUAUUGGCAAGAUCGCAAAGUAUCACCAAAACUAAAUAAUAAAAAAAAUAAUUUGCUAUCGAUUUGUCCCUUUAUGUUUUAACAUUUUUAGAAAAAUAAUAAUGGAAAUUUUAAUUAAACAAUUAGAUGCUAAGAAUUAUUAAUACUGCACGUAGCAAAUGAUCAAAUU